UCCAUUCCCCAGCGUCGGCCGUCCAAGCCAGGUCUUUCCAGCUUCGAUCUGGCCCCGAGACCAAGCCAGAGGAGGAGAGCAGAGGAAAGCCUGCCGGGGCUAUGGGCAACACCGGGAGUACAUCUCCUGCAAGCUUAGGAAAGUCUCAUGUUCCACAUUUACAAUGGAAGGUUCAUGACUUCUCAGCGCUACUUGAGACAGGAGCCAAGUCAGCAAAGUCUGCUCAUUUUCACUGCUCCGGGUAUAAGUGGUUCCUGAAAGUGACACCACCAAUGCAUCAAAAACCUGGCGCUGAAACUCCAUAUGUUGGUCUUUCUCUUAAACUAGGCCGGACAACCCUGAAGCCGGGUGACACGGUAAAUGCCGUGUUUGAGUUAUCAGUAUACAAUCAUGCAAAGAAGAUAUACUAUGGACGCAAAGCUAGCCACAAUUUUGAUUUGAACAAUACAUGCUCAAAGGAUGAAUGUUUGAUUCCUCUUCAGAAGCUACUAAAAUCAUCUGCUUUUCUAGUUGAUGAUAGCUGCGUCUUUGGUGUUAAGAUAUUGAAAAUUAAAGUAUGUUCUCCUGAAAGGAAGGGUGUUAUGGUUCUGAAAAAGGCUACCACACUUCAGAACCUUUUUAUCCAGAAGAAAGGGCUCAUCAAAGGGACCUACACCUGGACCAUGGACAACUACCAUGAAUUGGACUUGAAGCGCUAUGUUUGUUCUCCUACAUUUGAAGUUGGUGGACAUAAAUGGCAUGUUGGCAUGUAUCCGCAUGGUUGCAGAAACAUCACCGGCCACAUCUCCUUGUUCUUAUACUUGGAGUCCUCGGAUAAGCUCUGUGACGAGUCCGGGAAGGUAGUUGAAUUGACUCUAUCCAUCCUAGACCAAAAGAACGGGAAACACUCCACCAUCACUUCAGGUCUCUCGGUGUUUGGAGGUGAUAGCAGCUGGGGAUGGCCCAAGUUCCUUACAGUCAAUAGAUUCAAGGAUCCGUCUCGAGGCUAUCUCCUAGGAUCGAGAUGCGUCGUCAAGGCAGAUUUCACUAUUGUUGGCUCCUCCAAUGAUGGCUAGAUCUUUAGCUCAUGGCCCUUGCAUCCUACUACUUGCUAGUAUUGUGUCAUAUACUUGUUAAGUUUUUGCCAUAUUGUUUUGGAAGCAGUGCUAACACGACCAUCAUAUGGUGCUAACGACAAACUUAGCACUGGAAGUUGAGAACAUGUUAGUUUUAUUUCGGGCAGUGUGAUGUUAGAAACUACUUCAAUACGGAUGAUGCAAUUAUUUCGGUUGGCUUAUUAUCUUGCUAGUAGUACAAUUUAAGUUUC